CGAUCUAUGGCUACCUUGCACCGAAAGCAACUACGAUUCGGAGUCCAAUGAUGGCACUCGGUGUGGCGCCUGACAAUGCCGACGAAUUGGUCUACCUUCCAGACCUGAUGAUGACGGAAUAUCUUCCCCACCUGUUUGUGUCAAUCGCCCACCUCCCCAGCGUCGACACUUCAUCCCCCAAAUGUCUGAUUUUGCCCCCGUCCAUCUUCGUCGAUCCACCAGGAGUGUACCGCGCAUACUUCCAUACUGUGUUCUGUUCUGAUCAAGAGCUGUCCAAGAACUACCUUUACAACAGCAAGCUCCACGUAUCCUUCACCUAUAGCCAGACGUCUGGGGUCACCGUAACGUUUGACAGCGAGAGGGCGCUUCGUUCGAAGAUAUGCGAUACAAAGCCCAACGCCGUGUCGCUACCUUACCACAUCGCGGCGUAUGACAUUGACUACGACGCUUCGUGGUCCAGCGCAUGCGUCUUCCUGACUCUGCGUGGCCCGUACCAUCGGCUCAAGCUCCUGUGCAAGCUCGAACAAUUACUGCUUACAGGAUACACACUUGCAGACUGCCACACUCGAGACAUUCACAUGUCCUCCGAUAAUUGCGAUCCGUAAACAUUAUUACGCUUCCAACCUUCGUAGUGAAAAGUACGUCAGUAACGCGUAAAAAAGUACGCAUUUAAACGUCUGUAGAUUGUUCGUAAACCACGAUAUUGCGUUGUCAUUGCUUGUGAAGAACAUGCGUUGUUAAUCCUUAUGUUCGGAGAGUCCUUUAUACUGUGAAAUUGUUAAGCCACACGCACUUCCAAGCA